GCUCCGUUUUUCAACCCUAGCCAAAGGCACAAAAUCCAGCCGUUCCAUCAAAACACGGCGAAAAGAUAUGAUACGGUGAUUCAUAUGCAGUGUUUGAGGGGGGAGCAAGAAGGUGAAGAGAGCUGAACACCGAGGAAAUGGUUCAGCUGGGAGGAAGAUAGAGAUUCCGACAAAAUACUUAUGUUAUUCCAUAAUUCUGCCAAGAAUCCCAACAGGAAUAAUAUAUUUUAAUAUGACAAUUGGCUUAAUUAACCUACCCAAAUAUCACACUUACUCCCCGUAACUAGAGAAAAAAAUACGACAGUAGGCAAAAAUAUUUUUUAUUUUCAGCCUUUAGAGGUUGAUAGUGAGGGUGUAGUUUCAGGUAAAAAAAUACAGGAAUCGGUUAGCUUGUUAAUCUUUUUAUGAGGUUGGAAAAAUGACACCCCCUAUUAAUUAUGGAAUUAAAUUUGUGUUGCAUUUAAUAAUCUUUGGGAAUUAAAAACGCAUAUUAAUUAAGUUUUUUUUUUAACUACCAUUGUACUGAUACAACUAUCAUUCUACAUGUACACCGAACUCAUAUUAAUCACAUUCCUUUCUUUGAACUACCAUUGCACAUUUGCACUGAUACAACUAUCAUUGCACAUUUACAUUGAUACCAUUGCACUGGUAGAACUACCAUUGCACUGAUACAACUAUCAUUCUACCAUUGCACAGAUUAUUAAAUGCAACACAAAUCAAUUACCUUAAAAGUCUAUAAUUAAUAGGGGUGUCAUUUUUCCAACCCUUUUAGGGGUAGUCAUGCUAUCUCACCCCAAAAAUACGAUGAAUAUUCGGUAAUAUAAUAAGAAAAACUAUUUUUUCAUGUAAAGAUGAUAUGAGGGUCGUUCGGGUGACCUACAACCCACCCAUCACCCAUCGAUAAGUGCAGGUAGGAGAUUUAUUGAUUCACAAUCCAUCCACAUCAAUCACUCGUACACUGCAAUUUGGAUUAUUUGUGGGUGAAUGGAUAUCAAACCAUGGAUAGCAAAAAUGUGUUGCAUUAUCAACAACAGAAGCUGAAUACAUAGCCGUGACAGAAGCUUGCAAAGAGAUGUUAUGGUUGAAGAAGUUUCUUCAAGAGUUGGGCAUUAAACAAGAGAGGUAUGUGGUCUAUUGUGAUAGUCAAAGUGCAAUUCAUCUUUGCAAGAAUCCAACUUUCCACUCAAGGUCGAAACACAUAGAUGUUCGAUAUCAUUGGAUUCGUAAUGUUUUGGAAGAGAAGUUGUUGGAGCUCAACAAAGUGCAUACGGAUGACAAUGGUUCGGACAUGAUGACUAAGUCUCUACCAAGUGGAAAACAUAUCUUCUGUCGAGAUGAAGCAGGUUUGGUGGUACCCCCCAUAUGAGCUGGAGGGGGAGAUUUGUUGGGUUGGUCCAACUCAUAUGGUGGUUGGAUUAACCGGUUUGAGUUUGAGUUUUGGUGGGUUUCUAGAAGAUCAUCUACUUUCAAAAUAGAGAGUUAUUGUCUACUUAAAAAUAAAAAGAGGGUUCAGCCUGUCAUCUUCCUAGAGAGAGAGAAUCAGAAAAGAGAAGAGAUAAGGAAAAGGAGAGAAGAGAGAAAGAGCUGCUGUUUUUCGUCUCUGCAGCAGGGCAGCCUGUUCAAGUGAGCGUUCUGGAAGAUUGAACCGUUGGAUCGUCCUGAGAUUUGGGCAGUGGGUUUGAAAUUGUCUGGGCUUCAUUCUGAUCGAAGGGAUCGUCAUUAUGAGGUCUAGUUCGUUGGUAAUCUGUGCUGGACAGAAGGUGUACGAAUCUGUUUUUGGGUAUCUCUCAACCUUUCUUUGUCUUGCUCUUGUUCUUGUUAUCCACCAUGUUGGUGAGAGCUAUUGUGGUUGAUUGUUGAUCCAAGAAGGGUAUUCUUGAGGUAUUUGUAAUCCUCUAGCUAGUCUAGAGAGGACUUGUAAUCCCACCAAAGUCUAGUGGAGUUGUGGCUUGGACAAAGGUCCCGUGGUUUUUCCCGAUUUGGGUUUUCCACGUAAAAAUCGUGUGUCUUGUGCAUUCUAUUCUUGCUUGUGGUUGCUGCCCGGUUUCUCAACACUCUGAUACCAUAUGAAAAGCGGCGACUGGAUUGGGGUGGAGGAUCAGUAGAAAACCUAAUGUCCUCUCUUUUGGGAUUUUGGAUUUUCUAUUUAUAUGAAAAGGGGGGAAGAGAUUACAACGGAUAACAUACAGUGUUAACCGUUGUUUGAAUCCUUUAAACCAGAGCCCGACACGUGGCUUGGUAGGAUUCGUUAUUUUGUAACUAAUCCGUGUUUAACAGAUUAAAGAAUAAAACAAAUGAAACGACACUGUAUGGAGAAAUGUCAUUCUAGUUCCAAACUUGUAAAGUCUUCCACUUGAGUCCAUCUCAACCCUGUUGACUUCCAUCAAUCCUGAGUUGACUAGGACUGCUGUGUGCAACAGCUAUAGCUGCUGUUCUUCUCGAAUCAGAUCCUCGUGGAUCAUUCAAUAUGAAGAGAUUGAAAAAAACUAAUAACAUUCUAGGUAAGAGCUACCUGAAAUUGACAAGAAAAACCGUUAAUCCCAAAUUGCAAACGGCUAACCUGUUAAGGUUUGAGAAAAUGAAGCAAACUAACAAAGCAGAUCUCAUUGAACAAUGAUAUCCUAAAGGGGAUGAUUUAAAGUAAAUCUCAUUGACCACUACAAAUUGAACGAACGUGGGUAGAGAUGGAAAUCUUCAGUUCCACAGACCUAACGGUAACUCACAGGCCUCCGCGGAUGAAAACUACGCAAGGAAAAAAUUAAGGAAAUCCUGAAAAUGAAAAACAAUGGCGAAUCCAUGGAUUCAAUUAAUCAUGCACAUGCCACUAACUCUGUCCCAAUUGGCGCAUCGAACGUCCUUUGCGUUGGAGCUCCUGCUUGUUAUAGGCUAUGGCGGAGAUAGGGCAACGGCUGCAGUGGUGGCGGUGGAUACAAAGUCUCCUGCGCCGCCGAUGACGGAGAAGACGAUCCCGAGGGAGGAGGGUUUGAGAUUGCUUCCGACGGUGGACGAACUGAAGACUCCAAUAUACCGGAGAAAGGGAAGACAACGCUUGUUGCCGGGAUCGCGGCUGGGAGGCUAAGCGGAGAUGGAAAUGGAGCUACUACUCUGAGGAAGUAGCCGAAUUGAGGUUGUAGAUGACGGCGGCCGUAUGGAAGAGCAUGAGGAUUCGUCUUCAGGGAAGUAUUGGAUUAUGAUGAGAAAACCCUAUAAUGCGAAUUGGGAGAAAAAGCAAGCUAAAAUACAAGGAAGGUAGGGAGUCAGACGGCUGCAGGACUUCUUAACUUUGUUGGUUUAAUUAAGGGAUGCUUUGGAAUCAAAUAGGUGUUCAAAAAAUUAAUUUCAUGCCCAAUAUUAUUAUUUUAAUUUAAUUCAUAUAAACUGUUUUUACGUAUCAAUUGUAUUUGUUUCCAAUUAUAAAGUCUAUUUAAUUCA